GCCAGACGGCCGCAAAUGCGACACUUGCCCGCGUCGCGACAACGACCUCGACCCGAUCGACCUGGCGGCGGGCAAGCGCGUCUUCAUGUAUUGGGGCCGCAAGGCCGACGCGCGGGGGUGCACCCAGGGGACCGCGCGCGGGUACUGCACGAGGUGGUUCAACGGCAACGUCAGGCAGCUCCCAGGGAUGACCUACACGAAGUUCAAGGGCGUUCUUGGAGCUGGGCCAGAACGCGUCAAGGUCUUCGGCGUGAUCAUCGACAAAAUGAUUGCGUCCAUGAUUGAGUCGGGUGCGAAGCGCACUGCUCACCUGGACUACGACGAGGUGCACGACUGCGUGCUUCAAGAGGUCGUCAUCAAGGAAGCCGUGAAGACAGGCCCUGGGAAAACGUUCUACCCGAUGGCGAGCUACCAGAGGACCAAGGGCGACUUCGCUACGAAUGGCUUGGCCCAGACGGAAGGGCACUACCUGGGCGAGGACGAGAACGGAGUGGAGGGCGUCUGGGUCCCAGACGUGGACUGCACCCACUACGGGAAGGUCGAGCGCCACCAGUCGGUCAGGACGGUCAACUUGGGCUCUGGCUCCGUAGAGUCAAUCUCGCAGAAGCAGGCGCGGGUUUUCGAGAUGCUGUUCCCGGGUUCGCUCGCCUCUCUCAACAUCACUGGCGCCAUCGACCAGGUCAUCGGCGUGCCUCCUGCUGCCGCCGCUGGCCGCAGCGACGCGCCGCCGCCGCUUGCAGGCCCUGCUGCGUCGCGCCCGCCGACUGCCGACCCCGCGCCAGCGGCGGCGGAACAGGCUGCUGGUGGGGCCAAGCGCCGCGGGCGAGGAACUGGCGGCGCAUCAGCUUCCGGCAGCGGCGGCGAGUCGAGCGGCUCGAGUGGCGCCACCGCGUCCGCAAAGCCAGGCGCCAAGAAGCGAGGUCGGCCGCCUGUGAAGAACCUUCUGAUGGAGGUGUCCGAGUUGAUCAAGCUCAACCUCGCAUUGCUGAAAGACUUCUCUUCGAAGCUGCGCACCCUCAAGGACCCCGACGAACAUCGCCUGUGCAAGAUCAGCGAGAAGAAGCUUGCUGUGAUCAACGACUUCCUGGGGCUUGCCGCAUUGCCACCCGAGGAGAUGAAGACCAAGUACGACCUCGCCGUUACUACCUUGGCGCUCGAUCCAGCGACGACGUUGGAUAUCCCGCCUCACCUUUGCUGGAUGCGGAAGAAGCUGGACGUGGUCAAGGCAACUGAUGCCAAACAGUUUUUCACGCUCAUCUCGUCCCAGGCCUUGCGUGCAGUCGGACUCGCUCCUGCCGCCAUCUGCGAAGAGCAGCAGCAGCUCCUCGCGGACCGCCCUUCGCAUGCUCUCCGCAUCAAGACUGAGGACGAGCGCGCGGCCGCGUUGGCCGCUCUGACGGCUGACGACGAGGAUUCCGACUACGAUUUCGAAGAUGAAGUCUCCGAGUGGUGGGCUGCGUUCCAGGUGAUCUACAGCGCCAAGAAUGUCACGCACCUCUCUGCGGCCGACAUGGUGGAGCACCUGAGCGACGCCAUUGAGAUUAUUGAGGGUACGCUCCCUGCGAAGAAAAAGGCUGGGACGCAGUUGGGGACUGCGCUGAACAUGUGGAACCCUGGGCAGUUGAUCUUCCGUGAGGCCAAGGAGCUGCUGGAGAAGGCCAAGGCCACUGUUUCAGCCAUCGAGCCCGUCAACGAGAAGAUCGCUGUCCUCAGCGCCAGCGUGACGAAGUGCCUGCCAGACGUUUUUUCGCGUGAUCUACAUUGGCUGGAUGGAGCCGUUGAUUCGGCCAAGGCAGUCGUGGAGUCUCUCGCCUCGCUGUCCCAUUGCAUUCCCGCUUACGUUCCCAACAACAAUGACUCCAAGAUCGUGACGGCGAUGACCAAGUGGAUCGACUUUCUCAUUCAGGGUUGGGCUACCGUGCUGCCCCCGAUCCUGGUCAAUACAACGACAGGGGCUUCGCUUGCCAAGUGGGUCGAGGACACCGGGGACCGCCGCCGCUUGCUUGAGAAGUACAUCGAGGCAACGGCCAAACACAAAAAGCAUAUCCCGAUGAUUGAGGCCAAGACCAAUGCCAUCCAGCAGUUGUGCAGCAUCGGGGAGGCCUUGAGCCGUCGGCAUUCGCUCUCGAGCUCGGGGGCCGCGAGCAACUUUACACCAGCUGACUACAAGUCUGUCCUGUCAAUCAUCGCGACCAACUUGAAACCGAUCCACAAGGAUGCAGUGCAGUUCUUCGCCGACCCAGAGGCUCCGCUGGCCCUGCUGGCGUCGCCCGUGCUGGACUCUGCAGGCGAGCACAUGCAGAAGAUGACGACGGUUGCAAUUGAGAUGAGCGGCCCCAUCCUCAUGCCCAUCCUCGACCACGUGCUCCUUGUUCUCGGCGCUGCGUGCUGUGAGAAGCCGUGGUCAUGGAACGAUCUUGAUGAGGGCGGAGUCUCAGCCGUCGCGGAGGCGAAGCACCCGGUGAACAUCAUCGCGGAUGGGCUCCAGUUUGCCUUGGACAUCGGCGACGAGACGUUACAUCGCCAGCUGUCCUUCGCCGUCUCGGCCAGCCAGACGUUCCAAGCGGUGGCUACAUUGGCGAAGUAUAAGCACGUGCGCGCAGCGGCCAAGACCUUCAAGGACUUGCUCUUGGAAAGCUCCGUGGUGGCUCAGUGGAAGGAGUUGAACGCCCGCUGGGACAGCCUGCAGAGGAUCGACCUCACGACGCUGGUGUCGUCGGACUUGAAGGCCGACAAGGGUGGCUCGCUUCGUUUCCACAUCGGGACCUUCGACAAGCGCCUGAACCCUGAGAGCAUCAUGCAGUCUUUCGAGAAGGACAUCUUGGACUUGAAGGCUUUCUACAAGGCAGCCGCCGAGCAAGAUCUCCUGUCGAUGGCGGGCAACCUUGAAGCCAAGGUCCCAGUGCAUUCCAGCACGGCCAUUCUGGGGAACACCGAUCAGAUGGAUGCUGUGAUGGACGCUGACCACGCCGCCAUGACUUCCGUCUCCAUGAUCCUGAAGGGCGUGAUGAAGGUGGUGUUGGGCCUCAACAAGACGUUCACUGUGGCCAGUCUUGAGGUGGUUCAGCGGGCCUCAGCUGCUGCCGACAACGCCCUCGCCACAGUGGCGCUUGCCGCGGCGCUUUCAGCCACCCAGCGAGAGUGGCCAGGGAAGUUUCAGGAUGUGGAGGCUUGCCAGCGCGCGGUGGCGGCCCUUCGCAAGGACAUCGCGAAGUCUGGAUGGUCACCGUCCGAGGAGAUCGACGAAUUGUUGUCCUCAUGGGCCGCCGGGUUGUACCUCGACCGCGAGAAAGACCAGGGGGAGGAGGCCGACAAGGAGGAGAUCGAUAAGCUUGACGCCGAGCUCUUCGAGGAUCCCACACGACAAACGGGAUGA